UUAUUUUUUCUUCUUCGCUUCGUCGUGCAAUCAUCCCUUAAUCAAAACAACUACUUCUUUCAGAGUAAUGGCAAAAGAUGGGAAGGGAAAGGAUGCAGGAAAGAAUAAGGGUAAACAAGCGGCAGGUUCGAGUGAAGAUGCUGGUUCAAAGGGUAAAGGCAAAGGUGGCAAAGGAGGAGACUCUUUAGGAACUUGCACUUACGUCAAAGCAAGGCAUGUAUUGUGUGAGAAGCAAGGAAAGAUCAAUGAAGCCUAUAAGAAGCUACAAGACGGCUGGCUCGACAACGGGGACAAAGUUCCACCAGCUGAGUUCGCUAAGAUAGCUGCGGAAUAUUCGGAAUGUCCGUCGGGGAAGAAAGGUGGUGAUUUAGGAUGGUUUCCGCGCGGUAAAAUGGCUGGGCCGUUUCAGGAGGUUGCGUUCAAUACACCUGUCGGUGUGACAAGUGCACCCUUUAAAUCCACGCAUGGAUACCACAUUAUCUUGUCUGAAGGAAGAAAGAACUGAAAAACUCGAUCUUGAACGUCGAGCCGAAUAACGUGUUAACCAUCAUACUACAACAUUGAUGGAGCCCAGUAGGGACGACUUCUUGUUCUAAAUUAAUUCGUAUGGUGGUUUUCUUUUUUUUGGUUCCUAAACGAUAUACUCUUUGUGAAAAGACAUAAUUCUCCUUGGUUGGGAAUUUGGUGUAAUCGUUUCUAAAAUGCUAUGAAAUUAUAGUUUCUAUUAUGUUUUCGAAUUAUAUAGAUGGCAGGAAAGAGUUAUCCAA